AUGACGUUGGUAGAGAGAUAUGGCAAACCUGAUCUCUUUCUCACAAUGACAUGUAAUCCAAAUUGGCAAGAGAUCAAGGACGAAAUGAAACCACAUGAAGAAGCCCAAAAUAGACCAGAUUUGGUAUCUAGAGUGUUCAGAAGUAAACUCGAGCAUUUACAGAAAGAAAUAGUUAAAAAUCAACUCUUUGGUCUGGUAGCAGCAUAUACAUUUGUCGUUGAAUUUCAGAAGAGAGGUCUCCCCUAUGUGCAUAUGUUGAUAAUUCUUAAAAAGUUCUUCAAGCUUGACACAAUUGAUAAGGUUGAUGCAUUCAUUUCAGCUGAAAUACCAGAUAAGAAGAAGUAUCCUCAUCUAUAUGCAAUGGUCCUAAAACACAUGAUGCAUGGACCAUGUGGAGAAUUGGAUAUGAGAAGAACAUGCAUGGAAAAUGGAAAGUGCAAGAAUCAUUAUCCAAGGAGUCACUGUGCUGAAACUUCUAUUGACGCUGAUGGCUACCCAAUAUAUAGAAGGCGUCUAACUGGUGAACAAGUGCAGAUUCGUGGCCAGAUGCUCGACAACAGAUGGGUUGUUCCAUACAAUCCUUAUUUGUUAGCUAUGUUUGACUGCCAUAUUAACGUUGAAGUAUGCUCCACUAACAAAGCAGUCAAAUAUCUCUAUAAAUAUAUAUACAAAGGACACGACAAAAUCAUCUAUCGCUUGGUAACAUCAAAAUUCCCUGAAGAUAUUGAUGAAAUCCAGCAAUUCCAAGCAGCAAGAUGGAUAUCACCACCAGAGGCAACAUGGAGAAUAUAUCGAUUUCCUCUCCAUGAAAUCCGACCAGCUGUUAUCAGUUUGCAGCUACACCUAGAAGGGUGCCAGUUGAUACCAUUAAAGAAGGAUAUAAAUCUACAUAACAUAAUGGAUAAUGAGUUCAUGUCAAGAACAAUGCUCACACAAUUUUUUUGGAUGAACGCGCAUAAUGAUAAAGCUAAAUCAUUAAAGCUAUUAUACAAAGACUUCCUGCAGCACUUUGUAUGGAAUGGUUCAUUCAGAACAUGGAUAGAGCGAAAACAACAAGAAGUCAUUGGUCGGAUUGUUACAGCAAAUCCAACUGAAGGUGAAAGAUAUUAUCUCCGAUUGCUGCUCACCUACAUUUCAACACCUACCUCCUAUGCACAUCUCAGAAUAGUCAAUGGACUGACCUUUAAUUCAUAUAGAGAAGCAGCUAUUAGCCAUGGUUUAUUGCAAGAUGACAACAACAAUGAAAAAUGUAUGGAGGAGGCAUGUUUAUAUCGAAUGCCAUUAUCACUGUGGCAACUAUUCUCUACUAUCCUCGUUUAUUGUGCUCCUGUCAAUCCAUCAGAGUUAUUCCUCAAAUUUGAAGAUGAUAUGAUAGAAGAUUAUGCUUCCAUACAAAAGUUGACCAAAGAUGCUGCACGACAAGUUUUACUUGAAGCAUUGAAUGCAGAGCUUGAAUCUAUGGGCAAGAAGCUACAUGAUUUCCAAUUAUCCCAUCUUCUUACUUCUGAUUCAACAAAGAAAGCAAUACCAAAAGAAGUACAGGACGAAAUCAAUGUCCGAAUAUCAGAAGAUGAUUUGCAAGCCCCAAAUUUGUUCAAUCUAGAGCAAGCAACAGCUUACAAGGAAAUUCUAGCUGCUAUUCUCAAUCGAGCUCCCAAAAGCUUCUUUAUCGAUGGUCCUGGAGGUACUGGCAAAACAUUCCUUUAUCGAGCCUUACUUGCAAAAAUCCGUUCACAGCAUUUAAUUGCACUAGCCACAGCCAGCUCCGGCGUUGCAGCAUCAAUUUUACCAAAUGGAAGAACAGCUCAUUCCCGCUUCAAAAUCCCAAUAAAUGGUGAUGGGAAACUCUGCUGUAGCAUUUCAAAACAUUCCGGUUUGGUUGCCCUUAUUAAAGAAGCUGUAUGUAUCAUUUGGGAUGAAGCAUCGAUGGCAAAAAAGCAAUCAAUCGAAGCCUUGGAUUACCUCCUAAGUGAUCUCACAGAAAAUGAUACAUUAUUUGGGGGCAAAGUUGUGGUUUUAAGAGGUGAUUUCAGGCAAGUUCUACCUGUUAUACCUAACGGAACAAAGAUUGAUUGCAUUAACGCAAGCUUGGUCAGAUCAUACAUAUGGCUAGGACUCAUCAAAUUCAAACUAAAGGAAAACAUGCGAGCAAAGAUUGACCCAGCAUUCAGCGCAUACAUUCUUCGAGUUGGAAAUGGUACGGAAAAAGAAAAUGAAGCAGGAGAAAUCAACUCGCAACCAUCCCUAAUCCUAGAACCAAUCACAAGAAUGCAACCUUUGGACCAACUAAUCCAAUUUGUUUUCCCCUCCUUUGAUCUACACAAAGUAGACUCACUUUCUUUAACCAACUUGGCCAUUCUCACUCCCAAAAACCAAGCAGUUGAUGAAAUUAAUGAAGCAAUGAUUGCCAAAUUCCCAGGGAAAGAGCAGACAUACUUAAGUUUCGAUGAAGCAUCUGAUCCUACUCAACAAGGGCUCUACAUUGACUUCCUGAAUUCUGUAACUCCUCAAGGAAUGCCAACUCAUCAUUUGAGGUUGAAAAAGAACAGCCCAAUUCUGCUUCUAAGAAACAUAAAUCCUUCCCAAGGAUUAUGUAAUGGCACAAGAUUAAUAUGCAAAGAAUUCAAGAGUCAUUUGAUUACUGCUCAGAUAGCAGUAGGCGAAUGA